GUCUCCGCCCAGCGGCCCGUCGCGCCCCACGACCAGCGCUACCGCCACCAGGACGCCGACGACGACGACGCCAUGGCGGACACCGAGGACGUGUGCGCGCCCGCGUCGCUGGCCGAACCGCUGCGCGUCCCGCACAAGUCCCUGAUGGGCGCGGGGCCCAGCAACGCCCCUCCCAGAGUCAUGCACGCCGGCUCGCUGCCCCUGCUCGGCCACAUGUACCCCGAGACCUUCCAGGUGAUGGACGACAUCAAGGACGGCCUGCGGUACGUCUUCCAGACCAAGAACCCCGUCACGCUGUGCCUGUCCUGCGCGGGCCACGGCGGCAUGGAGGCCGCGCUGGCCAACAUCCUGGAGCCCGGCGACACGGCGGUCAUCUGCAAGAACAGCUUCUGGUUCGACCGCGCUUCGUACAUGGCAGAGCGACAAGGCGCGCGCGUGGUGGCCGCGGAGGCGCCCCUGGGCCAGCCGCUGAGCCUGGAGGCGGCCGAGGAGGCCGUCGCCAAGCACCGGCCGCGGCUGCUGUUCCUCGUGCACGGCGACACCUCCGCCGGCGUGCAGCAGCCCUUGGAGGGCUUCGGCGCCAUGUGCCACAAGUACGGCACGCUGCUCGUGGUGGACACCGUGGCCUCGCUGGGCGGCGCCCCGCUCUACACGGACCGCUGGGAGCUGGACGUGGUGUACAGCGGGUCGCAGAAGGUGUUCAACGCGCCGCCCGGGCUUUCCCCCAUCACCUUCAGCCCGCGGGCAAUGAAACGCGUCCUGUCGAGAAAGCAGCCGUGCUCCGUGUACUUCUACGACAUCUUGAAGGUCGGCGAGUACUGGGGCUGCUUCGACAAGCCGAGGAGCUACCACCACACGUGCCCUGUGACGCUGUUCUACGCGCUGCGCGAGGCCCUGGCCCUGGUCGCCGAGGAGGGUCUGACGGCGUCCUGGCGCCGGCACCAGCUCGCCGCCCAGAGGCUGCACGACGGCCUGGAGCGCCUGGGCCUGCGCCUGCUGGUGGAGAAGCCGGAGCACCGCCUGGCCACCGUCACCGCCGUGCUCGUCCCGGACAACGUGGACUGGACCGCCGUCACCCGCACCGCCAUGGCCAGGCACGGCACGGAGAUCAGUGGCGGGCUGGGGCCUACACUGGGGAAGGUGGUCCGGGUGGGCCUGAUGGGGGUCAACGCCACCCCCAGGUUCGUGGACCGCGUCCUCGGCGUCCUGGAGGACGCCAUCAGGAACCCCAUGCCGAAGAGCAGCCUGUGACGCACCGACCGUCGUCACUGCCAGUGCAGUGCCGCGCUGGGGAAGUCCCACGGGCACGCUCGUCACUCGUCACGACGAAUCGACGAGGUGUGCACUGCCAAAAGCUGCGACCCGAUUCCCUAACAACGUUCCACGUCGACCCAUCAUGCUAUGACGCCACCAAAUGUCCUUAUUUAACGGAAAAUUGGCCCCACGUGGAAAAAGUAAGAGUAACAGACGCUGAUAACGUGGAUAGUAACACGAUACGCGAGUGCAUAUCCCGGCGCGACGAGCGUUGAGCGUUCCACGUUCCAAUGCCGCCACGCCUCGGAGGCGUGGGCCGUGGGGCGGGACGCGACGGGACGGGAGGGCUUUGGACGCCUUCCCGGCGCGACGACCCGGCGGCAAAUAUGCAGAUAAGAAGAAUCCGCGACAGUUCCUGCACAAUCCCACGCAACAAUUUAAUGAAAUGGUCCGAGAGGCAACGUCGGCCCACUGUUAGGAAAUGUGGCAAGCCUUCAUUUGCAACACAAGAUCGAUGCUUUUCUCUUCACCUACAGAAAUACACCUCGUACUGCUACCAAGAUACUGUAGACAGUCUAUACCACAAAGUUUGAAGGAAAUACAAUUUCUGACCGAUGGACUUUCGCAAUUUGUACGUCAACAGCAAUAUAUAUAUUUAUACAUUA